CGAGCAGCUGUUGGUUUAAAAUUCGCUCCUUUGCCGGUUUCAUUGUUUUGAAGAAUUCAGCUACUGGGUUCUGGCUGCCAGAAUGAUGCACUUGGAGUGGUACGUCACGCGGAUUAAGCCCGCCAUCGAAGCCUUCCUGAAGGCGCCCAGCAAAGACACGCUUUCCCUGGUGGAGCGUGAAAUUGAGGGAUUCAACUUUGGAGAAAUGCGCAUUUAUCAAGUGCAAACCUUGGUGCCGCUGGUGCUCAAAUUGGACGAGCUUUCGGGGGAGAAUCAAGAACUUCGCACUAGUUUGAUGAACUGCCUUAGCACCAUUGUGUCCCGCGCCUAUCUGGCCGAUGCAAAGGGCUUGCGGUCCAUACUGGUGGUGGUGAUGAAGCAGAUUGUAGACUCAAAGUCGGCAACCAUGCGACCAGAUCUCUCAGAGGAAAUAAAGCUGGCAGCAGUCGUAUGUAUAUUCGAGGCACUGCGUCGCUCCACAAGCGAUGUUCUGGAAACGUUCUACUCUAAGGAAACUGCGAUGAUAAUUGGACAGAUCCUGAUUACGCUGUUGAAGAUCAUUGAGCAUGAGAAGUACCGCAAACUUGUACAGUCCGCUUUGAAGUGUUUGAUGGUUGUUUUCUACGUCCACGAUGAAUCCGACACCAUGGACGUGGUAUUGCGCAGUCAGGUGGCUAACACGAUAUUCAUUUUCCUACCCAAAGUCCUCAUUGUGUUAUUUAAAACAUCCAUAAAGGAUGAUAAAGUCGGUGAAACCAUAAAAUCAAUGUCAAUUCAAGCCCUGGGUCGCAUCAUCUGCAUUAUGUUUGAGGAAACUACCGAGGAAUUUAUGAAACUGCGAUACAAUAUAGAUGCGUUCCGUAUUCUUUUUAACAGCUCUACGGAAAAUUCGGAGCAAAAAAGCGAGUUUAAAUACUUUACCAAUAAAAAAGCCAGUGCUGAAGAAAAUGAGGAGCGGCUUCAUGAAAUGCAGUCCGAGCUACGCUCCCUCCAAUGGAUCGGGGCAACAUCGCGUCGUUUGCGACCCAUCUUCGUCGAGACAAGUAUCCUGAGGGCACAUCCCUCACUUAAGAUAAGAGAGUCCUAUGCCGCAAUGUGUUGCCUUCUCCUCUCGCACUGCGUCCAUAACUUACGCGAAAACUUUGUACACAUACUUGAGAGUGUAAUGGCUUUGUCGGAGGACGAAAACGAGCAUAUAGCCCAACGAUGUAGAAAUUCGUUGAUUCAGUUACAACAGCAACCAAACAGUCAAGGAAUUUUUGACGAGAAUGCGGAAAUGUUAUUAGAUGUGCAUCUCAACAAAUGGCCUCGUAUUUUACACCGUUGCGAGGACAAUGAGCAGUACGCUGAGUUGCUAUUUUUCAAAGGAUUCCUGCAAAAUGUCCAAUCUGAGAAACUUCAACUACUGCUUUUAGUGCCAAAGAACCUAGAAAUGUUCGUCAAUUGUCUGCUAAUGGCUUUUGAUUUGCGAACUUCGCGGGAUCUUCUCAACGAGGAAUACUCCCUUCGUCAAAUUCGGACGGGGAAUUCAAAGGAACUGCAAACUGAGUUGUCGAAGUUGCAAUGGCGACAGUUUAAGUAUCUAACAUCAAAGCGAACUGUGGAUAUUCUAUACGAUAUAGCAGCUUUACUAGGCGCAGAUACCACUAUAAACCGAGUUAUCUUCGACUACUGUCAGGAGCAGAUUCAGCAGCGAUCGGCCGCCAUGAAAGAGUCGGUGUUGCUGCUAACGUUAAUGAUAACAAUGCCGGGCAAGAAAUCUAGGGAAAGUCGGUUUAUGCUCGCCCAACUUUUUUUGGACCAGUUACUUCGGGAAGAGCAUUGGAACCUAUCUUUGAAACCCGAUGCCUCCUGGCGUUUGAAAGUGGAAAAGCCAACUAACUGGUUUAAGGACUAUACUCCGGGCCUGUACUCAUCAGCUGUUGAAAUUCGCACCCAGGAUUGCGAUUCGGACGACGAGGAGUUGACAGAGGUUGUCAGUAGUCGCGUAAACAUUGCGGAUGCCCAGUUCAAUGUUUUGCACACGUGCCUGGUACUUGACGCAAUCGGACAUUGUGCCAAGUUCAUUGGCGACACCUUCGACCGAUACAUAUUUCAGAGCCUGCAUAAAGUUCUCCUAAAAGUAUCCAGCAGCAACACAAUUGUGUACCAAGCGGCUAGUUUCGCAUUCGUGUCAAUGCAGCUGGCUCUGAAAUACGCGGAGCCAUCGCAUUUCAUUGAGUGUUCUACGGAUUAUAUAACCUUUCAUUUGAAUUCGUUACUAAAAAAGUCACCCGAGAGCCCGGCCGCCGUGGAUAUUCUCACCGUGGUACUUCAGUACAGCACAAGGGGCAAUGUGCCGCAUUUGGAUAGUAUAUUCCAGACGAUACGGGAGGAGUGUUCAAAGCGGCACCAAACAUCCAAUGUGCACUCCUAUCUGCGCGUUUUCAAUGCAUUCCUCAAACACAUCACCACCUGGCAGUAUGACACCAUGGCACAGUUGAAUUCAGAGCACGACAUGCAAGUGGACGAGGAUAAGGGUGUUCUUGACACCUGGAUGAGCUCACUCCAGAAGCCGCGUUUGUUGGAUGAUCUUAAUGGGGACGAAAACAUGACAGAGGUACCACACCAAAAUGAAGAGGACGCCGAGGAAGGGGAAGCCGAAAUCGAACCCGCGAAGCCUACUUUACCAAGACACAUUGAAAUGGUAAAGGAUAUUCUGGGUCAGGUCAUAAAGUUUAUAUCUACCGAUGACCAAGCUCAGCAGAUCGCCGCGCUGGAGUGCUUCGCCAGCGGUGUACCUCUACUAGCGGAUUAUGAUAACGAACUCUUACCACUGGUGCACCUUGUUUGGCAACCGCUGGUGGAAAAAUUCCGUCAAAAGGAUGCCCUGGUGCUCAACCGCUGUUUCACUUUGUUGCAUCUCCUCGGAGUUCACUCAAAGGAGUUCAUAUUUAAGAGAAGUCUCACCGAUGUGAUACCCCAGCUGAAGCAGUUCCUCCAGGUGGCCGCUAAGCACAGUAAAAUGGAAACCUCACUGGCCAAAACCCAAGAAUAUAAAUUACAAGUAAAGUUGCUCCAGAGCCUGUCAGAUUUUAUAAUAAGUCUUCAAAUAGACGGAAAACAGUUUCACGAGCUAUUAUCCACCAUAGUGCUCUACCUGUCGCAGGAACAGCCGCAAGAGUUGCAGGCGCUAGCCAAGGAUUGCAUACUCCACUUAGUGUCCUACAAUGGACCCUUCCUUUAUGUGACGUUACUUCAAAGGGCACACCUUAAGGAUUAUAAGAAUAGUGUUAGCCAGAUCCUCGGGGUCAUGGGCUUCAGCUUAGCUAAAGGGGGUGACCUCGAUUAAUAAUAAAGAACCGACCACGUUUAUUUUUCACAA